UUACUGGAUAUAAAUAGGGAGAACUUGGAAAGUAUUUUCAAAACAUUGUCUAGAUUUGAGGAAUAAACGUUAAAAAUUUGCAAACUAAAUAAACACGAUGAGAAUUGUAAGAUUUCGUGCUGACAGCGAGGAAAUGUAUUAUAGUGAUACAGGAUCUGAUUAUGGAGAUAGCAGUGACGAAGAAAGCCUUGAGCAGGUGCACGAACCCGAUUUUGGGAUACUGUUUGACGUUGAUGGGGUGUUAGCUAGAGGCCUUAAUCCUUUAGACCCAGCCAUUCGUGCCAUCAAUAAGUUGAAAGACAGCGAAGGCAAUCUGAAGGUUCCUGUAGCUUUUGUCACCAACAGUUGUAGCAGAAGCAGAGACAAGGCUGCAAUGUUAGAACGAUGGUUCGAUACACCGGUAUCCCCAGAGGCAUGUAUCCACGCUCCAACUCCAGCCAAACUUCUAACAAACUUCCACAACAAGCAUGUGUUGGUUAUUGGACAGGAACACAGAAAAGAGAUCGCAGAAGAAAUUGGAUUUAGAAACACUUGUACAGUAGAAGAUGUUCGACGGGCCUAUCCAUUCUUAGAUAUGGUGGAUCACGAGAAUAGAAGAAGAGUGAGUGUUGGUAACUUCUCCGACAAUCUAAACUUCAAGCCAGUAGAAGCAAUAUUGCUGAUUGGAGAGCCGAAGAGAUGGGAAUCAAGUCUGCAACUCUUAAUAGAUCUGCUCAUGACAGAAGGAAAACCUACAAAAGCACCAGAAUCUUUAUCUCAAGUUAAACAAUUACCAAUCAUUGCUUGUAACAUGGACUUAGUUUUCAUGGCUGAAGCCUGCAUGCCAAGAUUUGGACAUGGUGCUUUUCUGGUGUGUCUGGAGGCUCUGUAUAAGAAAAUAACAGGAAAACCUCUUGAAUAUGAAGCAUUGAUAGGGAAGCCGUGUGAAAUCACCUACAGAUUUGCUGAACACACAGUUGCUGACCUGGCAAAAAAAAUGGGAAUCAAAAAGCACAUCAAGAAACUUUACUUUGUAGGAGAUAAUCCAAAUGUAGAUAUUGUUGGUUGCAAUCUUUACGAGAGAUUCCUAAAAGACUCGUGGAUUAACAGACGAAACGGCAAUAGAAAUAAUUCAAUAACACGAACCUUACCACGAUCACGAUCAAUCCCGUGUGAUGUGACAUUAUAUGAACAAACAGUUACAUCCAUGGAAAGCCUUUUAGUUGGCACGGGAGUUUACAAUCCUGAGAAGGAAACGGAAACUACAUCAUCGGAAGAUAAAGUAUAUCACGGACAUAGAGAUAUUGCGCAUGAACCAGAACUAGCCACACCAACGCGUUAUGUUGAAGAUGUAGAUCAGGGAAUUAAUUACAUUUUAGAAAAAGAACAUUUUACAAUUACAACUUAAUCUCAGAGACUUACUAUAUCAGCUAAGUGAUUUCUGAAAUACCAGAGUCUUUCCGUUCAUGACAGAUAUAGGGCAUUGAAGGCCUGCAUAUAAUUUCCAUGGCACAUCAGUGCGAUUAUGACUCCGCGCGAAAUAACACUGAAAGAAUUCGGAAAGAAUUCGAGUUGUAGAAACAAAAGCAGGGACUUGUUGAAUUUGUACAUAAAAGUAUACUAUUUAUUUUGUAUAUUCACUUUUUUGUUUGACAAUCAGUAAACAUGGCUUUAAUGUGUUUCUAUGCUUUUUUUAUAAGUUGUAUAUUUUUACGUGUAUUAAAGUGUAUUUAAUUUUUUAAGGAUAAAUAUAUUAUUUUAAGAAGUUUAGUUAUUUAGAAUUUUUGAUAAUAAAAGAAGAUAAAUUUA